GGUCCCCUUUCUCAUCACUCUCUCCACCACCUAAUCCUCUCUCUCUUUCUUCUCCCCUCAACUCUCUCCAGAUUUUAAGAAACCCCUUAAAAUCCUCUCUCUGUCUCUUUCUGUGUUGUCUGUUUUCUUGUUUUCUUCUCUCUCUCUUUCUUUGUCUCCUUUCCAUUUUGCACUCUCAGGUUGUUUUCUUUAGUUCUUCACUUGUAAAAGUCUCUUUUGGCUUUUGUUUUGGAAUUUCUUUACGACUCUUUCUUAGUGGGUUUGUUGUUGCUGUUGUUGUGCUCUCUAAAAUGAUUACUGAGCUUGAGAUGGGGAAAGCUGAAAGUGAGCUAGAACUGGGUUUAGGGCUCAGUCUUGGCGGUGGAACGGCGGCCAAGAUUGGUAAACCAGGCGGCGGCGGCGCGUGGGGAGAGCGUGGGAGACUCUUGACAGCAAAAGAUUUUCCUUCUGUUGGCUCUAAACGAGCUGCUGACUCUGCUUCUCACGCUGGUGCAUCUCCUCCUCGCUCAAGCAGUCAAGUUGUGGGAUGGCCACCUAUUGGAUCUCACAGGAUGAACAGUUUAGCUGCAAAGUCGGCUAGGGAAGAAGAGGAAGCUGGUAAGAAGAAAGUAGAUGAUGAUGAGCCUAAAGACGUGGCCAAGAAAGUGCAAGUCGGGUUUAUUAAGGUGAACAUGGAUGGAGUUGCUAUAGGAAGGAAAGUGGACUUGAAUGCUCAUUCCUCUUACGAGAAUCUGGCGCAGACACUGGAAGAUAUGUUCUUUCGCUCUAAACCGGGUACUAUCGGGUUAACGGGCCAGUUCACCAAACCGUUGAGGCUUUUAGAUGGAUCUUCUGAGUUUGUACUUACUUAUGAAGACAAGGAAGGAGACUGGAUGCUUGUUGGUGAUGUCCCAUGGAGAAUGUUUACCACCUCGGUGAAAAGGCUUAGGGUGAUGAAAACCUCUGAAGCUAAUGGACUUGCUGCAAGGCAUCAAGAACCGAACGAGAGACAAAGAAAGCAACCGGUUUAGCUCUCUGUUCGACAUUACGUUGUUACAGGUUUUAUUUUGUGGGGUUUUUGAAGCAAGCAUAAGGAAGAACACAGAAGCUAGAUUGAUCCUAUCAAGUUUGUUUAUGUUUCUUGGUUCUUCUAAUGGUUUUUUUUUCUAGUUUUUUCUUUAGUUUUUUUCUUUCUUAUCUUUGGUUGCUGUCUUUUUAUUUUACUGUUUGUGAUUUCAUCAUAUACUAUGGAAGAGAAUGCUCUUUAUUUCUUUUACCACACUGUAAAUAUUUGAAGCUUAUCUAGUCUCGUUUUAAGGGUUUUGUAACAAAA